CGAAUAAUAAUUUGACUGUUCUAUUAUACUAACUCUAAUUGUAAAUUCAUUUUUCUCUGCUGCCUUCAAGUGCUGUCAGAAAAUUUGUAAUAAUGAAUUGGGCUAAUUUUAAUUUUAUCAUUAUGAAGCUGCCAAACUGUGAUGUGUUUACAGUGCCAGUGAGCAUUUUCAUUUUGCUUCAGCAGCAUAAAGUUGCCCUAUGUUGAUGUUUUUCAGCAACAAAACACAACCAAAAAAAAAAAAGAAACUCACAAGCUCAAUUUUAUUACAAACCAAAAAGUCAUUGGGAGUGGAACAAGUUCUAUUUCCAAUUUCUGACCACGAAAGAAGCAGAUUACGAGGAGCACUUGAAGGCAGCAUUCCUCUCCAGGUAUAACUCAUCUUUCUGCCCCCAACAAUAGAACUGACAACCCUAACCAGUCAUAGAAAAGAUAUGUGGUCACGUGACAUACACGGCUGUAUUAAGUAUGCUUUUUGGUGGGGUGGAUGAUUGAACUUGUCUCUGUCUGGAUGUGAAAGAAUAAGACCUGAACUUGCCGCUAAUCCCAUCUCUUCCUCAGGGAUAUACAGGAGGUAGCUGUAAUCCAAGAUGUCUGAAGAGGUAGUCGAGGAGAUGCAGGAGGAAGAGGCAGAAAUCCUGGAAGAGGAAGAAGAGGCUGCACCUGAAGUUGAAGAACCUCCUCCCACUGCUGAAGAGCCUGCAGAGGAAGAGUCUCCAGCACCAGAUGAAGAUGAGUCAAAACCCAAACCAAAGGCAUUUGCUCCGCCUUUAACUGUGCCAAAGAUACCGGAGGGAGAAAAAGUCGACUUUGAUGACAUCCAAAAGAAGCGUCAGGAGAAGGAUCUGGCUGAGCUGCACUCUCUGAUUGAGGCCCACUUCAUUCAGAGGAAGAAGGACGAGGAGGACCUCAUCGCUCUCGUUAACAGGAUCGAGAAGCGUCGUGCUGAGAGGGCUGAACAGCAGAGGAUCCGUGCUGAGCAGGAGAAGGAGAGACAGGCUCGUGUUGCUGAAGAGAAGGAGAGGAAGGAGCAGGAGGAGGCACGUAAGAAGCUGGAUGAGGACGCCAAGAAGAAGAAAGCUCUUACAAACAUUACUCAGCAGUAUGGUGGCGUCCAGCAGAGGCAAGACGGCAAGAGGGGGGCGAAGAAGCAGACAGAGAGAGAGAAGAAAAGGAAGAUCCUGGCGGAGAGGAGAAAGCCUCUGAACAUCGACCAUCUCAGUGAGGACAAACUGAAGGAGAAGGCCAAUGAGCUGUGGCAGUGGCUGAUGACGCUGGAGGCUGAGAAGUUUGAUCUCAGCGAGAGACUGAAGAGACAGAAAUAUGAUGCCACCUGUCUAAAAUGAAUGUGACCUGACUUCCAGAUCAAUGUGCUCCAGACCCGAAUCAAUGAGCAGCAGAAGUUGUGAGUAACUGUUAAUGAGGAGUGUGAGCCCCUUGGUUGUUGUGUAGUUUUGCUGUCUGCCUGCUGCACGGUUACAAACUGAGUCUCUGGCAGCAGGAACAGCCGAGCGACACAAACAGAAGGUGAAACUGUUGGUUUUGUCUUGAUGAGGAGGAGGCUUGCACAAGCUGACAUGUGCUUGUAUUUAAUCCCAAAACUCAGUGUUUACCGUAAAUGUAUGCAGCAUUUAAAAGAAACAGGAACAAAAGACAAUAGUUUGAUAUUUCGGGAAAUUGUUUGCUUUCUUGCUGAGUGAUAUGUGAGAAGAUCUAUAUCACUUUCACUGGUAUAGGUCUGGAUGUAAGGCUAACAGACUGUCUGAAGGUAACAAUGUGACCAUGUGAAACCAGAUUCAAACUAACCAUGUAUGGCUCAGUUUAAAUGAUUUGAUUUGCCUGUAUGAAUGUUAGUAUUUGAUUUUAUUUAGCUGUAACUGCCAGCAGUGGUUGCUUUGCAGCCAUGUUGUCGAUUGUUGACUUUGAGUAGUUAUUUUCACCAAGUAGGCAAUUUUACAGAUGUCAGAAAUUCUUGAUGCCCUCACUUUGAAAUUCUAACUCAGACAGUAAGAAGGUUUUGUUGCCUCUGGACAGAGCCAGGCUGUUUCCAGCCUUUAUGCUAAGGUAACAGGCUGCUGGCUAUAGCUUCAAAUUUAAUGGACAAAUUUCAUAGUGGUAUCAGUCUUACCCAUUUUAUUAAGCAAAAAAAAAAAAAAAGCAUCUUUCCUGAAAUGUCAAACUGUUCUUUUAAUGUGU